AUGAAAGCCACUUUUAAAGGCUUCUUUGGCAAACAAAAUAUAACAGACACUAACUAUGACCAACAACAACAACAACAACAACAGCAACAACAACAACAGCAACCAGCUCAGUCCAUACCGGUAACACCUCCAGCUCCAGCUGCACUGCCUGCACUGACUCCUGGCCAGGGUCUCGACUAUGAUGACAAUAUCUCACUAACAGAGUACUUCAGACAGACCGACCAGGCUUCUAUCCAUAGCAACUAUACAGACUACCUUGAAACCAUCCAUACAAACGACAAUAACAAUAACAUCAACCAAACUUCCAGUCGAAACUAUCAUACCCCAAGGAGGUCCCAAACAAGACCUCCAUCAACCUCAGGCUCUGUCUCACAAACUUCAAAUUCACAGCUGUUACUCCGAUCCCCUAAAACAUCCCCUUCUCCUCCUCCUUCAUCUACAAGUCGCUUAACCCAUAAAGUCAAGACCAAACUUUUCCCCAAAUACUCAACAUCUCAAUCAAAUGCCCAUCUCGAUAACAUCUCGGAAUCAUCACCUGUAACUCCCACAGCUUCUAACGCUACUUCAUCCUCCACAACCACUCACCAACCUCCACAACCCUUGCCAUACCGCCCAGACUCUCAUACUAAUACUAAUACCAAUAAUAAUAAUGCUGCUGACGAUGAGGCUGCGGGUUACUACACAGCUCUUAAUGAGAUUCUCUAUGACCGCCGAAGUUCACUAGCACCUUCUUCUGUUUCUGAUUCCAAAAAUAAUGUCCGUUUCCAAGCCAUGUCAACCCGAAGCAAAAAAAAACGACGCAAAAAAUCUGGUUGGGCUCAGUUUAAAGAUUCCUUUACGAUAGUCAAUAACAAUAACAAUAACAAUAACAAUAACAAUAAUAAUAACAACAACAACAAUAGCCACUUCAAAUCAUACAACUACUCUUACUCCUCUUCAGACGAAGAAGAAGAAGAAGAAGAAGAAAGGGACCUCGAAAAUAACAAUAAUGCUAACAGCAGACUAGACGCCGGCGUCCAUGCAACAGCUGAAGCCCCACUUGUCCGCGGCCUCAAGCCCCGCCACAUGCAGAUGAUUGCCUUUGGCGGUGCCAUCGGCACCGGUCUCUUUAUCCGCUCAGGUUCUUCACUUGCCACUGGUGGUCCUGCAUCGCUUGUCAUUGGUUUCACUCUCACCGGUAUCAUGCUAACUUUUACGAUCCAGGCGCUGGGCGAACUGGCCGUCCAGUUCCCCGUAUCCGGUUCCUUUUCCACCUACGCGUCGCGUUUCUUGGACCCAGCUUGGGGGUUUGCCAUGGGAUGGAACUAUGCUAUCCAGUGGCUUACAGUUUUCCCUCUUGAACUUGUUGCUGCCGCAAUCACAAUCAAAUACUGGGCCCCAAGCGAUAGAUAUAGUGCUGCAGAUGUCAACUCUGCAGCUUGGAUCUCACUCUUUAUCUUCUUCAUUGCCGCUUUUAAUCUCUUCGGCGUCAAGGUCUUUGGCGAAAUCGAAUUCUUCUUUUCCAUCAUCAAAAUCUGUGCAAUCUCAGGCUUCAUCAUCAUGGGUAUCGUCCUCAUCUCGGGUGGAGGCCCCAACCACGGUUAUAUUGGUGGCCACUACUGGCACGACCCGGGCUCCUUUGCCAACGGCUUCAAAGGUGUAGUUGCAGCUUUUGUAAACGCAGCCUUUUCCUACAUUGGCACUGAACUUUCAGGUCUUGCUGCUGCAGAAGCCAAAAACCCUCGGCGAGCAGUCCCCUCCGCCGUGAAAAAGGUAUGCUGGAGAAUCAUUCUCUUUUACAUCGUCUCUCUCAUCAUUGUCGGCUGCCUCGUCCCCUACACAGAUCCAAGACUUACCAGCACUGAAAAUGUUCAAGAAUCAAAGUCUCCACGCUCUUCUGUCGUCGAUGUAUCUACAUCCCCAUUUGUCAUCGCCAUCAAGGAAGCAGGUAUAAAGGGUCUUCCUUCAGUUUUUAACGCCGUCAUUCUCAUUUCGGUUCUUUCUGUAGCUAGUUCCUCUGUUUAUGCUGCCUCCCGUUCAAUCGCAGGUCUAGCAGCCAUGGGCCAGGCCCCUAAACAAUUCUCUUACAUUGACAAGGCUGGCCGGCCCAUCUAUGCUCUCUUGUUUUCCCUCAUGUUUGGGUUUCUUGCCUAUGUAAGUGCUUCUAAUAAAGAGGCCGAGGUCUUUAACUGGCUUCUUUCAUUGUCUGGUCUCUCGUGUAUCUUCACCUGGGGGUCCAUUUGUCUCUGCCAUAUCCGGUUCAGACAAGGCCUCAAAGCACAAGGCCGUAAUACUGGUGAGCUUGCGUUCAAAGCUCCACUGGGAAUCUGGGGGUCUCUUAUCGGGUUUCUCAUCAACAUUGUCAUUCUAGGUCUGCUUGUCUGGAUCGGUCUUUUCCCCAUCGACUCAGAUUCCGCAGACCCUAAAGCUUUCUUUGAAGUUUACCUGGCAGGUCCAAUCAUCCUUCUCUUUUACCUCCCUUACAAGCUGUACUACAAAACAAAAGUCCUCAAGGCAAAGGAAAUGGACCUAGACACGGGCCGCCGCCAACACGACGUUGAAAUCCUCCAACUCGAGCUGGCCGAAGAAGAACUCCGCAAGAAAAACCGCGGAAAACUUUACUAUUUUUAUAAUAUUUGGUGUUAA